AUGGUUGCGGAGGAUUGGCAGGUACAGAGACCAGAUCAUAUUGGGGUGGACUCUACGCAGAAGGACUCGUGGAGCAUCGAAGAAGACAAGAUCCUGAUUAAAGCACACAUGCAGAUUGGGAACAAAUGGGCCAAGAUAGCCGAGACAUUGCCUGGAAGGACAGGUAAUGCAAUAAAAAAUUACUGGAAUACCACCAAGCAUAGGCAGCUCUCUCAGCGCAAGGUUCUCCCGCACAACAACUCCAACCUCUUGCAAGACUACAUCAGGAGUGUCACCGUUCCAUCUUUGCCGAAACGGUCGCCACUAGGCGUGUGCAUGGUCCGGGCCGGUCCGGUCCCGCCUGAAGUGCCCAACCAUGCCCAGCCACCACCGCCGGCUCAGACGCCAGCCAACAAUUACUUCGGUUUUCCAAUGGGUGAUGGGAAUGGGAAUCUUGGGCUAUAUCGAGUGAAGGACAAUCGUUAUCAUCAGGUGCAGAGGGAAAGUGGUGGUAAUGGGAGUGAAGAAAGGUUUGGUAAUGGACGUGAGCUAAACUUGGAGAUGAGCUUGGAGAUGGACGGUGAUCGCCACCACCGCCAUCACCCUCAUCACCAUAAUGACUAUCAACGUCGGGAGAUUAAGAAGCUGGACUUCCUCGAGAUGAUGGCCUGCCGAAGUGGCUAA